CAGGAAAGCGCCAGAUAAGAAUGUGAGCAUUACGUAAGAAGCCGAUGAUGUGCUGGAUGACUGGCGAGCUGUCGUAACUCCGCAGUUACAAUACGGGACGGCCCAGUGAAUCACUUCGCGAAGCGAAGUCUGUGCGUGUGAGACGUUACUAAGGUGAAAGCAUUGAGCGAUACAUAGCGUGGCUGGGUUCAAACUACGCAAUUCCAGACUGACGCCACAUCAUGGAGGAAGCUUGUACUGCAGGAAGCCACUGGACAUCAGCUUCAAGUUGCACAGGAACUUCAGGAGUUUCUGGUGUCGGAACCGUUCUCUUCACCAGUCUCAUCACGACACUCAUGGAGUCCCAGCGCCAACUGGGAAACCCGGACGAUUACCCAGAUGACGCGACGUCCCACCUACUCGACGAGUACGACUUCAUCGUGGUAGGGGCCGGUUCAGCGGGUGCUGUGGUUGCCAGUCGCCUCAGUGAGGUACCACACUGGAAGGUGCUGCUUCUGGAGGCGGGGGGAGACCCAACCCCGACGUCAGACAUUCCCUCCCUGUCUUUAUAUUUACAGAAAACAGAUAUCGACUGGCAGUACCAAACCGAACCCGAGGAAGGUAUGUGCCAGGGAUUUAGAGAUAAACGUUGCUACUGGCCAAGGGGCAAAGUUCUUGGCGGAAGCAGUGUACUGAACUACAUGAUUUAUGUCAGAGGGAUGAAGGGGGACUACGACGCGUGGUCUAAAGCUGGAAACAACGGGUGGAGCUAUGAAGACGUCCUUCCGUAUUUUAAGAAAUCCCAAGAUAUGACGUCCGAGACGCUGCUCCGAAAAGAUUCAAACGGGGACACAUACCACGCCAGAGGAGGGCCGUUAACUUUGGAAGAAUACGAGAGAACCGAAUUCGGGGAAAUCAUUCUACAGGCAGCAAAGGAAUUGGGUUAUGAGAAUCUUGACGACCUGAAUGGUAAACAUCAGCUUGGAUUCGCCAAUGUUUUUGGCACUUUGAGAAAUGGGACAAGGUGUAGCACAGCUAAAGCCUUUUUGAGUCCAGCAAAAUUCAGAGAAAACCUCCACGUUGCUAAAUAUGCCCACGUAACCAGAAUAUUGAUAAAUGAUCAGACGAAAACAGCUCAUAGUGUUGAACUAAGGGGGAAAGACGGAAAAAUCUUCUCUGUAAAGUUUAGGAAUGAGGUAAUUUUAUCAGCAGGUUCAAUAAACUCUCCACAGAUAUUAAUGUUAUCCGGUAUUGGACCACAGGAACAUUUGAAAGAAAUUGGUAUACAACCUCUCGUAAACAAUCUAAUGGUUGGAGAGAAUUUACAAGAUCAUCUGAUAUUUCCAGGAGCUCUGUUCAACUUAAAAAAAUCAGAUAAUCUCCAGCUGUCACCAUCGCUCUUAUUAGAUAUUUAUUACAAAUAUCUGACCCGUCGAGAUGGCCCGCUCUCGACACACCUUGGCACAACAGUAACGGGAUUUAUUAAAACUAAAUUAGCAGACGACGAGAGACCAGAUUUACAAUUCCAUUUCAUAGGGGUACUUGCUAAUGAUACAAACGCCGUAAAUCUGCUUUCACAUGUCAUCGGCUUUUAUGACGAGACAACUAAGUCUCUGCAGGAAGUCGUCAGUCUGUCUGAUACGGUUCUUAUCAUCCCUACACUCAUUCGCCCAAAGAGUAAAGGAAGAAUUCUUCUUAAGUCAGGAAAUCCUCUGGAGCAUCCAAAAAUAUUAGCUGGAUAUUUAUCGGAUCCUGAAGGAACAGAUUUGGCUAGAAUGUUAGAGGGCAUCAAAUUCGCACAACAUUUAAUGAACACCAAAGUCAUGAAGGCCAAAGAAGGAAAACAAAAGAAGUUAUUUCUUGAAGCAUGUGAGAAUCUUGAAUUUGACUCUUCAGAGUACUGGGAGUGUGCUUUAAGACAGAUAGGGACAACACUCUAUCACCCUGUUGGAACUUGUAAGAUGGGUCCAAGUUCAGACCCAGACGCUGUCGUGGACCCAGAAUUAAAGGUGUAUGGAGUGAAAGGAAUCAGAGUGGCCGAUGCGUCCAUAAUGCCAAGUAUAGUGAGUGGCAACACGAAUGCAGCUAUUAUUAUGAUCGGCGAGAAGGCAGCGGACACGAUCAAGAAGGAGUGGCUUCAUAAAUAACAGACGAAGCAAUCAGACCUGUCUUGUACGACAGUCGUCUAAGGUAGGAGUUUCAUAUGUUCUCUGUUUUGAAUCAGGAUAAUGACAGCCAUCCCGACGGUAUGUGACAAUGUGCAUUAUACUAGUUGAAACGUGAGUUCUAUAGACUAAACCUGUGUUAUAGUUGAAGGACCGUUAAUUAUGUAGCUCAUGAUGUACACCUAAAUGGUAAAAAUUUUACUUGAAAGCAGAAAAGAAAUGAACGCCGUAUUACCAGAUAUUUGACACUAAUUUUUUAUACCUUCGUUCUUAUAUGCACAUUAAACUUCCUUAUUGUGAUA